CAAAAUGAGGCUACCAUGUUCGACAAAAUGUCUAUUCACAAGAAUUUCCCCAACUUGUAUAUAAGUGGACCUAGUUCUGCCUCGACGGCACCAAAUUAUCAGUCCGAAAGAGUAGUACUAGUAUUUACGAUCAUAUAUUAAGCUGCAACUUCAGAGUAGAUAUGGAAAUGGAUUUGGCAGGUUUUUGGGUGGCCGUGGCGGUGUCGUUGGCAGCGUUGUUUUGGUGGUGGAAUGAUUAUUGGUAUGCUUUGCCGUUUCGCCUCCACCCCGGCAGCGUGAAGCUCCCUCCCGGCUACAUGGGAAUACCGUUUAUCGGGGAGAUGCCAGCGUUUUUGUGGUACUUCAAGCUGCUUUGUCGCCCCGAUGACUUCAUUAAUGCUAAACGCCGCAAGUAUGGUGAUGGAUUAGGACUGUAUAGAACAUACCUCUUUGGAUCACCAACCAUAAUAACUUGCACCCCAUCCGCAACCAAGAUGGUGCUGCAAGACGAGUCUAGCUUUAGCAUGUCGUGGAACAACGUGGAGCUAGUGGGAGCAACGUCUCUGGUGGCCGUGGAGGGCCCUGCACACAACCGAGUUAGAGCCCUCGUGGUAAGGGCUGUCAACCAACCCGAUGCCCUCCGUAAGAUCACUCUCAUGGUGCAACCUCGCGUCUUGGCUUCCCUCAGUUCAUGGUCGAACAGAGGUCGAAUCACUGCCUUCAAAGAGGCCAAGAAGGUGACACUGGCAAGCAUUGGCAUGUAUUUCGCAAGCAUCGAGUCAGAAGAUAUUUUGGAAACGAUUGAUGAUUUAGUUACGGGUGUUAUCAGUGGAAUCAGAGCUAUUCCUAUCAAUUUCCCCGGGACUGCCCUUCACUAUGCUCUCCAGUGUCGUAGGAGAGCCAAGGCGAUCUUCAGGGAAGAGUUGGAGAAGAGGAGCAAGUUUGAAGCUUCAGUGGCCAAGAAUGAUCUUAUGGAAGCACUGAUGCAAAUGAAGGACGAAGAAGGUAACCGGUUGAGUGAGGAUGAGGUUCUUGAUAACAUUGUCACGCUUAUUAUAGCGGGAUAUUCGUCUACUUCUGUAGCUAUCAUGUGGGCUGUGUACUAUCUGGCCAAGUAUCCUGAAGUUGUGGUGAAGCUGCGGGAGGAGCACAUGCUGCUUUGCAAGAAACUAGGAGACUUGGUCACAUAUGAAGAGAUUGCUUCCUGCAAAUAUACAACUAAGGUGGUGGAAGAAAUCAUUAGAAUGGCCAAUAUAUCAGCAUUUAUCGUCCGAACUGCUAAGAAAGAUGUCGACUACAAAGGAUAUAGGAUUCCGAAAGGUUGGAAGGUUGCGUGUUGGCUUCGUUACUUUCAAACGAAUCCAGAGCAUUUUGAGGAUCCCAUGUGUUUCAACCCGGAUAGAUGGAAUGAGGCGCCAAAGGCGGGAUCAUACAUGGUGUUCGGAGGGGGACCGAGAAUGUGUGCUGGAAAUAUGUUUGCUCGGUUACAAGUUGCUGUUCUACUUCAUCAUCUGGUGUUAGGAUACAGGUGGAAACUGGUGAAUCCUAACGCGGGGAUGACGUAUCUUCCUCAUCCAAAUCCGGCAGAUGAUGUUGAAAUUGAUAUCACUCGGAUUUGAGGAUAGAAACUAAGUUGUGGUUAUAUCAUAUAGGAAUAAGAUGAAUUAGUAGUGUGUUAUAUGCACUAGCAUGAUGAAGAAGAUGAAUUUAGCAAGUACAAGUUGAAUCCAUAGAUCUGUAUAGCUCAUAUAUAGAGAGCUCUUUACAUUUUGUUUACGUUAAUACUCCAUCCAUUUUAUAAAAGUAAAGAUAUUUGGAACGACA